UUUAAACAGGGCUGUAAUACGUGCACAUGCAAAGCCGAUAGGACUGUAGACUGCACAACAAACCCAUGUACCUGUACUUAUAAAUAUAAUGUUUAUGAUUUCGGAGCAGAGUUCAAGGAUGAUUGUAAUACUUGCAAAUGUAAAAAUAACGGACAAGUUGAUUGUACAAACAAACCCUGCCGCUGUACUCAUAAAGGACAAACUUAUGGAAUUGGUACUAAAUUUUCGGAUGGUUGCAAUCAAUGCGAAUGUUUAGCAACUGGAUAUGUCCGAUGUUCAACCAAUGGUUGUUGUAAGUACAACAACCAGAUAUAUAUAGUAGGACAAAAAUUUAAACAGGGCUGUAAUACGUGCACAUGCAAAGCCGAUGGGACUGUAGACUGCACAACAAACCCAUGUACCUGUACUUAUAAAUAUAAUGUUUAUAAUUUCGGAGCAGAGUUCAAGGAUGAUUGUAAUACUUGCAAAUGUAAAAAUAACGGACAAGUUGAUUGUACAAACAGACCCUGCCGCUGUACUUAUAAAGGACAAACUUAUGGAAUUGGUAAUAGAUUUUCGGACGAUUGCAAUCAAUGCGAAUGUUUAGCAACUGGAUAUGUCCGAUGUUCAACCUAUCUUUGUCAAUGUAAGUACAACAACCAGAUAUAUAAAGUAGGAGAAACAUUUAAACAGGGCUGUAAUACGUGCACAUGCAAAACCGAUGGGACAGUAGACUGCACAACAAACCCAUGUCCCUGUACUUAUAAAAAUAAGGUUUAUAAUUUGGGAAAUCAAUUCAAAGAUGGCUGCUUUAAUUGUACUUGUCAAUAUAAUGGUGAGGUUAGCUGCACUGAAGUACCUUGUUCCUGUAAUUACAACGGUAAAAUUUAUGAAAUUGGUUCUGUAUGGUAUAAUGAUUGCAACAAAUGUCAGUGCAACUCCGAUGGGAAAGUCGAUUGUGAGCAAAAACCAUGCAGUAAGUCCUGUAUACAUAAAGGAAAAACUUAUUCUGUCGGUGAAACAUUUAAAGAUGCCUGCAAUACUUGUAGAUGUGGACAGUUUGGUCAAAUAAGCUGUACUAAAAUGUACUGCCCCCCGACAACAUGCCAGUAUUAUGGAAAAUCUUACAAAGAUGGAGAAAUGUUCAUGAGUCAAGAUAAGUGCAAUGUUUGUCGAUGUUCGAUUGGGAAGGUCAAGUGUACCAAGUAUGACUGCUAUCGUUUGAAACAACAGUACGGAUGAAGAACUAUUAAUUUAUUUUGAUAUUUUCAAUAAUUGUGA